CUCCGAUUCCGGAACCGAUUUCUAUUCUGGAACCGACUCCGAUUCCGGAACCGAUUCUAUUUCGGAGCCGAUUCCGGAGCCGUUUCCGGAGCCGUUUCCGGAGCCGAUUCCGGAGCCGAUUCCGAUUCCGAUUCCGGAGCCGAUUCCGAUUCCGGAGCCGAUUCCGAUUCCGGAGCCGAUUCCGGAGCCGAUUCCGGAGCCGAUUCCGAUUCCGGAGCCGAUUCCGGAGCCAAUUCCGGAGCCAAUAACGGAGCCAAUUCCGGAGCCGAUUCCGAUUCCGGAGCCGGAGCCGAUUCCGGAGCCGUUUCCGGAGCCGUUUCCGGAGCCGAUUCCGGAGCCGAUUCCGAUUCCGAUUCCGGAGCCGAUUCCGAUUCCGGAGCCGAUUCCGGAGCCGAUUCCGGAGCCGAUUCCGAUUCCGGAGCCGAUUCCGGAGCCAAUUCCGGAGCCAAUAACGGAGCCAAUUCCGGAGCCGAUUCCGAUUCCGGAGCCGAUUCCGAUUCCGGAGCCGAUUCCGAUUCCGGAGCCGAUUCCGAUUCCGGAGCCGACUCCGAUUCCGGAGCUGAUUCCGAUUCCGGAGCCGAUUCC